UUUCGGUUUGGAUCGCUUGCUUCGAACGUUGGCAAUCGUAGUCUUCCAAUAAUGGAAACAGUAGAACGGCCUCUGCAGAGUUAGUGGGUGCGCAGGGCUAUUGAAUCGUGCAAUAGGAAAGUAAUUUAAACUUUUUUAUGUCUUUCAUAGAUAGUCUUCUGGAUUAAGUUGAUGCAUCCCACGUUUUAAGAAGGAAACAUGCAGAAGCUUAAUGGUUUGUAGAUUAAUCAAACAACAAUGUCUGAAGAAAUUAGAAAAAGGCUUGAUUUUCCUAACACACUUAUACAGUCACAGGCUGUGGGCCAUCUUACUGCUGCAGUGCUAAAAGAAAAUGUUUUAUCUAACAAGAUCAGCCAGUCCAGUAACCAGACCCCGGCGUUAAACUUGCUCUGGGAAAAAUCCUGCAGUGACAAUAUGGUUGUCCGGACAGCCUGUUGUGAAGCCCUGGUGAUGCUUGUUAAACAAAAUCAUGCAGAGUUUGCCUAUAUUCUUAACACAGCACUCAGCCUCAUUCCUUCAGCCAGGAAUGUCCAUGGCUUGAUAAAAAUCGUUGUAAAGCUAUUACAGAUGCAAGCUUUGAAGAUAUCAAAAAGUGAAGAACAGCAGCAGCUGGACUUAUAUGCAAUCAGAAACUCUCCUCACCCACUAAUUAUUAUACUUGAAAACAGACCUGACUGCUGGCCAUUCCUUCUUCAGCAUAUGACUACAUUUUUCCAGCAAUGUCCAGAAGGGGCAGAAAGUGUAUGUGUCACUAUAAUGAGGCCAUUUCUAAGGUACCUGUAUUGUGAACCUUACCAGUUGCGGGAACAUGCAGAAUUACGGAUGGGCCUGCUCAGAGUCUUGUUUCAGCCAUAUGGGCCUUUGAACAAAGAGGAACCCCCUGCCCUUGAAAGGCAUCUCCUUCAGCUGUUUUGUGACUUGAUUCCAUAUUAUCAGGUAAAAGAUGCUCUACAGAUCACAGAAGCACUGCUUUUUUUGGAGGAAUUAUUUCGGAGUCUGCUGCGCUACCCCAGUUUUUGGAAGACACAAUUAUGUCAUCUUUGUCUGCAGCUUCUCGUUUUUUGUGAGGUUAGCCUGCAGACCACAGGGGAAUGUUCAUCUUUAAUUGGCUUAAUGGAGGAAAAUGUUGAGCUUCUGAAAGAGGGUUUUCCAUUUCAGAUGGCCAUCAUUGGAUUAGGUGUGCUCCUGCUGCAGAUUCCAGCUAGUCAGCAAAAGCCUAUCUUAAACCUAGCCAUCAAGCUUCUUUCGUGUUCUGAAAUCAAGAUGACUCCAUUGGUGGCUCUCAUCUUGGUGAUGCCUGCAUUGCAGAUAUUGUCAUCCACAGCUGUCCAGGACAACAUGACUGAGGAGAAUGACAGCACAACUAGGCAGCAAUUAGCCAUUAAUCUUCUAGAGAUUGUACAGCAGGAGGAGCUGAAAGAGCAGCACCUGGUCUCUUGGGAGCACUUCUUCCCCAUAAACAGUACCUAUGGUCCAUUGCAUGUCACUUGGCAACUCCUUUGGCUUUUGAGAGAUAAGACCUCCAUGUCUGAUUGGUUAUUUUCUGUUAAAUCAAUGCUUCCUAUUGCAACUCAAGUCUCUGUCCAUGUUCUCCUCCUGGUGGCUUAUCUCUUCAUUCAAGAAGAUGGAGAUAAUCUUCAUAGUGUACUGGAUACCACCAUAGAAAUUGCAAAGGUGGAUUCAUCCCAGGUGCCAAAUCUGAUUCCACUUCUGAUGUUUAAGCUGGGAAGACCACUGGAGGCCACACUCUGCCGGGACAUCUUGUAUACUUUACCUGCUUUGGGUGUUCAUAAGGUCUGUGUUGCACAGAUUUUGCGUGUGCUGCAGGUGUUAGGAAACACGCCAAAACUUCAAGCUGUUACAUUACGACUGAUGACAUGUUUAUGGGAGAAACAGGAUCGAGUUUAUCCAGAACUACAGAGAUUCAUGGCAAUGUCUGAUAUGGCUUCAUUAUCUGUUAGUAAAGAUACUCAGUGGGAAAAGGUGAUUGCCAAAGCUGCUUCUAUCAGAGAUAUAUGCAAGCAAAGGCCUUACCAACAUGGAGCAGAUAUGCUGGCUGCAAUUUCCCAGGUACUGAAUGAAUGCACAAAACCAGACCAAGCCACACCUGCUGCCUUAGUCUUACAAGGACUUCAUGCACUUUGUCAAGCUGAGUAUCCCCAGCCAGUAAAAAGUUGCCCACCCCUGGACUACAACUUCUAUCAACUCAAGUCGUUGACCAUGCUGGUUAGGACUGAUGGAAGAUGCACGGUUGUUUGCAUUCGCUCUACAUGGAAUGCGCUCUCACCCAGACUGAGCUGUGAUACCCGGCCACUUAUUUUAAAAACACUCAAUGAACUAUUCUCUCUUGUCCCUUCAUUAACGGUGAAUUCGAGUGAAUAUGAGAAGUUUAAAGCUCAAGUUGUCAGUUUCCUGUGGAGCCACACACAGAGCAAGGAUUCUCUUGUAGCCAUCUCCGCAUACAAAUCUCUCUCUGAAUUUCGUUCUGAAGAAUACACUAUCCUCCAUCUUCCUGAACAGGCAAGACCAGAAUUGGAUCAACAAAAAGUGGAUGUAGAUGAAGAGGAGGGGGAGGAAGAUGGAGAGCCAGAUUUGUCUGUUCCUGGCCCCUCAUAUAUCAAAUUGUUGUUGCUCACUCCUCCUCCUGUUUUACCAGCUUUUGAAGAGUUUGCAGCAUCGCUUGUGAAAGAAGAGAUGGCUAACAUGCCUCGUGGAAUAUACCACUCUGCACUGAGAGGCAAUGCUGUGCGGUCAGACCAUGGAAAGACACUAUCAACUAUUCCAAACUUUAUGCUGAAAAUGUAUGAGAGGAACAAGCAGCCGGGGCUGAAACCUGGCCUUGCAGCUGGCAUGUUGCUGAGUUAUGACCUUCCAAUCCAUGUGGGCAAAGAUGGCAAACCCAUCAAUCGAUUUUUAGCCAGUAGGGGGCGAAACUUUCACCAGAUGUUUAUAGCUCUCAUCCAUGAGGUUAACAUUCAGCCUUCAGAGUGGCAUCACUCUUUGUUGCUACCUCAUUCCUGGGCUGGAUUUAUGGAGAGAGCAUACCAUGCAAUUUUACAAGGGAGGCAAGCUGAAUUGGAGAUGCAGUUAAAGCAUGGAAGAGAGGAACUAGAACAAGUGCAAUACAAGCAAUUUACAGCCUGGCUCUGGGUUAGAGAUAUGCUAACUGAUGCAAUCAAAGGAGCUUCCAAGGAAAGCCCAGUGGUUAAAGGGAAUUGCCUUUUAGCGUUAACAGGCCUUGCAGUUGUUGUUGCAAAACAUGAAAAAGAACUUUCUGCGGACACUGAAGAACAAUUUGAUACUGAGCCAGACUUUCUUCUGACAAAACACUGGAUUUCCAUGGUGAUUGAUACCCUCCUUAGCAUUGUAGACAGUCACUAUUGUCCUAAGGGUCGAAUCUUCCCUUGGUUUUAUCAGAAAUCCUACUCUGGUGAAAAUACUGCAAGUGCUAUUGCUCGUUCCUGUGCAGCAACCUCUUUGUCUCUCUUGGUGCCGGUUUUUAUUGUAUCCUACAAGGAAAGGGUUGAGGAAGUCCUGAAUUUACUGAUUGCCAUGUUACCUGGGAAACCAAAUGCAGAUGAGUCUCAGGCUGUUCAAAUCCACAUGAGCCUUGCAUUGGGGAUGUUUAUUUCACGGUUAUGCGAAGAGAAAGUCAGUGAUGUAGCUGACAAACAAAUGACUCUCCUGUUGAUGAAGUCCCUGGUUGCAUUAGAAGAUUGCUGCUUCGACACAAGUCUUGAGUACAAUACUGGAUGUAUCUUGGGGGUAGGACUUGUUCUGUCAGUGAUGAAUCACAGCAGCUUGACAGAUUCUGAAGGUCACAUCUCCACCUCCCUGCAAAAACUUUGCAAAUACUUGGAUGAUGCAGAAGACCAAAGCCGAACAUUACAGGAAAUUCUUGCCUACACAAUUGCUUGUGUCUGUGUUUCUGCUUUCAGCAUUAGGAUUGUUGAGGCUACAGAAGCUGAGGAGGCUAUCAACAAGCUGCAGAAAUUAGCAGAAACAAAUCAACAGACACCAGGUUUUGCCUUAGCUUUGGGGAGCCUUGUUCAUGGAUUGUCUGUAUGUGGACACGGGAAAGCAGAAGUUCUCAGCGAUAGGCUAUUUCCUGCCUGGAUGAAAACUGUACUUGCCGAGGGAGCCCCUACAAUGCAAAGACUUGCUGCAGUCAAUGGGCUGGUCUCUCUAGUGGGUUCUGAAAGCACCAUGAUACAGCUGAAAUCGGAAGCUAUCCAAUCUUCUCAGUUUCAAAGCAAACUUAAUGAAGUCAUCCGAACCCUGACUCAGAUAAUCAGCUUUUCUGGGGUGAUAGGCCUUCAGGUAAAUGCAGCAUGGAUGUUAGGACAUUUAUAUCUUUCUAGUGUGUCUGCAACCCGUAGCCGAACAUCUGUUCCUUCAGACUUUAGCUACCUCCCUGAGAAAAGUUUCCUUAGAGCAGCCGUUGAUUUUAUUAUAGAAGGUGGAAAGAAAGGGCCUGAAGAAGUUCAUCCUAGCUUCCUAAAGGCAGCCAUGGCACCCAUUGCACUGAUUGGAGGAAGCUAUCAGUAUCCCCCUCUGAACUGGGCAUCAGUUCUUGCCCCUCUGCUGCGGCUAGAUUUUGGAGAAGAAAUACAGCAGUUGUGUAUUGAACUAGCUGUGACCCAGGCCCAAUCAUCUCAGAAUGCAGCAAUGAUUUUAGGGAUGUGGGUGGCACCGCCUCUGGUCUACAGUCUAAGUAUACAAGCCAAGAGGUACCUUUUUACUUCCUUACCUCUGUGGAUGAAAUAUGUAGCAGAAGACAAACAGCAGGUCUUCACUGAAGUGUUUAUGGUGCAGCAUUUUGAGACAAAAAACCAGCCAAAAAACCAAGACCUUUGCUGGAAUAUUUUGCAGGGACUCAGCCAAGCCAUGAAAUUUCCUAGCCCAACUCAGCACAGCUGGAGCUGUUUUUGCAAGGCUGCUGAGAAGAUAUUUGAGCUUUUGCCAGAUGAGAUUUGGCAAAAUGAUGUAAAGAUGUAUAUACAUGCAGCAAAAUGUCUUUCAGAAAUGGUUGAUACAGAAAUUGAACGGAUUACAGAAGUCUCAAAGAACAAUUUGGAAAAGGUUGCGUUUGUCAGAGUUUAUUUAGUUUCUCAAGGCAGAUUUCCUCUACUGAGAUGGAAUGAUGUGAUUAGUACUGCGGCUGGGUGCCAGCAGAAAGAAACCAUUGUGUGGACGCUGCUGCACAGCUUUUACCACGCACGAAUCCUGCGCCAUGAAAACACCGGAGUCUUAAAAAGAAUGGAGUGGCUCUUGGAAUUGAUGGGGUAUAUUAGAAAAGUUUCCUUAAAUACAACAUCUAUGCAAAAUGUUUCUCCCCAAGAGGCUGUCAGCUUCCUAUUGUGGAUUUUUGCUGCUUGUGUGGUUGCCUGGGCUGAUCAUGCCAUGCCAAUGCUGCUUGGCCUUAGCGCAGACUGGUCUGCCUGGCAGUGUGAAGCAACAGAUAGAGUCUUCGCACAUGGCUUAGGCAAGCGUCCAAUGGAUAUCUUGGCAGUCAAAGAGAUACUCACCCUUCUUCCAGGUAGCUUGCAAAUUCUAUUGGCCAAAGAGCCUUGGAAAGAGCAAACACCAAAGUUUAUUGACUGGCUGUUUAGCCUAAUGGAGAACACUAAUGAAACACUGACCCAGUCUUCCAGAGAUCUUUUGAAAGCUUCUUUGUUGGCCCUGAGAUCUCUCCCAGAGUUCAAGAAGAAAGCAGUAUGGACAAAAGCUUAUGGCUGGUAGGGAUCAUGAAAAACAGAUA